AUGCCCAAUGACAGCAUUCCCGAAGAUCAAAUCUGUUUUCAGAGGAAUCCAAGUCAUUCACCUCAAGCGAAAGACUCAAGGAGCGGCAUGCAGAACAAUCGAGGAGAUGCUUGUUCGCCAAGCGAUAGCACUGUAUCACUCCAAGUCGAAUCUCCAGAAGCGAACAGCUGUUCGAAAGCACAGCAGGAUGACAUCCACAGCCAAUCUUGGGGAGACAGUACUGUAUCAAUAGGAGAUAAAUCAUCUGAUAGAAAAAUGCCUGCUCAAUCCGCGAGAUCAAAACACAAAGUGAACGCUAAAACAUUGCAAGAGAUUGCUUUCUAUUCUUCGGAAGAUGAGAUUGCAGAUCCAGGUGACGUUGGUCAAGGCAAGGCUAUUGGUGGUGUCAAACGCAAGCGAAAUGAAAGCCGUCUGGAGGAUGAUCUUUUCACAUCUGAUUCUUCUCAGGAUGAUGACGGUGACGUCAAUGACGAUGCUGGUAGUGCUGAUGGAGACAGUGUAGAGUUUGAUCCCUUUGCUGGUGAUUCUGAUGAUGAUGACGACGACAACGAUGAUAGUAUGUCUGAUGGAGGCAACUCGGUGUAUCAGUUGCAAAAUGUAUGCAUGAAGACAAACGAAGUUGGGGUCGAAAGUCUUGUCUGCGUAGCACAGGAAAGCACCACAGACAAACAAAAGAAAAAAAUAUGGGGGAAGAUUGUAAGACGGUGCUCGAAAGAAGUGUUUGACGUUCAAUACGGGGAAAAAGUGCUUCGCAAUGUGUCGAUUGCAGAUAUGAUGACGAUGGAAUCUCGUCAAUUGAAAGACAGCAAACUAUCAGCUGGCAACAAAGUAUACGCGCCAUGGCCUGGGACAGAGAACCCUGCAACUGACUCGUAUUUUUGGGGACGAAUCAACGAAGUGAAGAUUGGCUCACCAAGUGGAGACUCUAAAAAGCACUAUUCCAUUCUCUUCUUUCCGACCCCUGACAGCCACGGACUAGUCGACAUCACUGAUGAUUUGGACUCGGAGUUCAUCUAUCGUGAAAAGGAAGCCAUCUUCUUGAUGCAGAAUGCAGUUUUGCGCACCGACGACUUGCCAUCUUCGCACGAAAUGUCACUAGAGGAACUGAUUGACAUGAGAAGAGAACAACAAGAACCAUCCAAGCCAAAACAAAAGCGUACAGCCAAAAAGAAAGCAAAAGCUCCUUCUGCCACAAAACCACCGAAACCAAGACGUAGGGCACCAUCCAAACCAAGAACAAAACGACGAAAUGCCGCUUCGAAGAUAUCUGAGAGAGCGCAGUCGUCUCGAAUCAUGGAUCCAGCCAACGAAAGUAAGCUCCAACUAUCGUUGGAAAGCCAAGACUUCAAAGACUCUAUGUUGCAGGUCGACGAAAAGGUAUACGCGCCGCAUCCUGGCGAGGAUCCGCAAAGAGAACGAUACUACUGGGGUCGUAUUACAAAAGUCUUCAAGUCAAAUAACACGAAGAAUUUGUACCGGAUCGAUUUCCCUGAUGGGGACAGGACGGAGAAAGUAGAGUCCUUCUAUCUACAUCGGUAUUUGGAGUGUAUGCGCAUGAUGGAAAAUGGAUGGCUAGCAGAAGAUAAACCGCCAAAGAAUCUAUAG